AUGGCAACCCCCGCGGCGGCGCCGAGGCACAGCUGCGCGAAGCUCUCGGUGGCGGUCGAGGACCCCAAGGCGCCGGGCGGCGGCGGCAUAUUCGUCAAGGCCACGUGGCUCCCCACCCGCUUCUCCCUCGCCGUCACCGACGGCGCCGGCGCCUGGGUCGCCGACGCCUCCGACGCCGAGGUGCGCCUCCGGGCCGAGCAGUGGGACCAGCCCGUCGCAGAGUACCUCGCGCUCGCCGAGCGCUACCUCGCCUUCCACCAGCCCGCCUCCACCUACUCCUUCCACGAGGCCGGCAACGGCAACCGCAGGUUGUCAUGGACAUUUGAAAAACAAGGUACCAAAUUGGAAUGGCGUUGGAAACUGCAGCAGUCACCCCACACACAGCAGACUAUAGCUGAGGUUUUGGAUUUUCUAAUGGAUGCAAAUAUACGCUUGAGUGAAGAGGUUGUCAGGAAGACACAAUCAUUUGACAAGCUGAAACAAGAAGCUGAGAAGUGCUUGCAACAAAGUGAAAGAUUUAAUAACGAGAAAGCCGAUUUUGAGCAAGCUUCCUUUACAAAGUUUGUGGCUGUACUGAACUCGAAGAAGGUCAAGCUCAGACUGCUCAAGGACAAGAUCGCUGCACAUGAAGCAGCAAACAAGGUGCCGAAGGAGGACGAGGAUAACGAGUCUUCAGACAAAGGGCCGGGGGAGGAGGACGAGGGUAACUCAACUGACAGGACGGAGCCGUUCGAGGAAGAUAGCGACAAGGACGCGAGCGUCAAGGAUGAGCCCUCGGAGACAGGGAGUGGCAGUCUCCACAGCUCCCCGGAGAAAUCCGCCGCCACCUCGACCUCGAGGGGCAGGAGGGGACGCAAGAGGACGAGGAAAUGACUCUGAACAAAAAGCAAGCUGACUGGCCAGAUUGACCAUGGCAGGACCUACUUGGAAAUGUUACAGAGUCCUUAGUGAUGUAUCCGUCAUGUUCCUCGAGUAUCCUAGUCAUGUAGCACUUUGUCAAAAUGUUCUUCACGUGUUUUGUGUUUUGCUAGCGGAAGGCCCCAAAGCUAAAUUGCGUGACGAACCGAUUAAGGCAAUUUCUGUAGUUUUAGUAAUACUGUACUAGUUUUUAAUGGCAAAUGGCUGCAUUUCUCCACAUAUGUUUUGUCCCGUGCCAAUAGUAUUCCUGCAA